CAGCACAAACAGAGUCACACAAACAAUAAGACCUCCGUAAUCUGCACAACAAGGUUCUGGACUAAAAUUAGCUGCAGAUUAGCACAAUGGAAGAGGUGCCAGGACCUGCUGUAGACAAGCUGCAGAUCUUUGAGCCAGGAGGAUCCAGAUGCAAGCUGAAGACUCGCCAUGCCCCUCUGGACAAAUACUUUGAGGCUCUGGUCACAGGAAACCUCAAGAAGCUCAAAGCUCUGGUCGAUCAGUAUUACGAAGAUGUCAAUGUGGUCUUUGAGAUCAGUAAAAAUGAGCUGGAAUGGCAGGUGAAAAAGAAAGCUGCUUAUGGACUGUCAGGUACUCUAGAUUUCAAGGACCACUUUCAAACUUAAACAGGUAUUAUUUACUAAUCCAAAUUAAGGCAAGUGGUGCUUUUAAAAAAGUGUUCUCUUAUUUGUGGCUAUCCAGUUGCUCCCAAAGUUUGUGUGCAGGGUUGGUUCCUUCCCUCCCUCUGUCCCUCCCAGCAGCUCUUUCACGUGGGUCAGCAAGGGUCUUUGGCUAGUAUCGUAGAGCACUGUCAGCAGUGAACAGGCUUGUGGGCUUGCUAUCACCAUAUGUUUCUAGACCUGGAUGGGCUAAUGGAAACUGAGCAAGGUGGCAAUGGCGAUGUGCUAAUCUGGUCUAAGGAGCAGGACUGACCCUCUUUGAAGAGGAUCCAGAUGUGUCCAGUAUUGUUAGCAUCAUAGAAAGUCUCAGCAAGCAGUUCGGGGUUCUUGGGUUGGGAUUCCCACUGAUGCCACAGACCAAGUGAAAGGGGUUGAGCAGCCCCUCACUUUCCUCCUCCUCAGGUUCGUGCUUACCUUCCAGUCAGCCAGCCGUGCUCCAAGGGAAUCCUCCUUGGUCUGAUCACCUCGGGCUCAUCAGUGCUGUCUCCCAGGUGAGCCCCCCCACCGGCCACAUUUCCUGUUUUCUCCCCAGCUCAUUCAUGGCUGCCAUACCUUUCAAAGGUAGGGAGCACAACUCCCUCACCUGGCAAUGGAGCCAGUGCUUCUCUCAUAUCACCUUGGGCAGUGUGUAGGAUUGCAUCUCUGUAGUCAUGUUGAGCAGCUCCUGCUGCAGCCCCUCAGUCCUCUGCUGUCCUUCCAGGCCUCUGCUCCCAUCUCUCCCCACAUGGUGAAAGGAGAGGUCUAUGUGACACAGUCUGGUGCAAAAGCUCUGCACAUCGCCCUGCUGUAGGGACUGUUUGGUGAUGGUGGGGGCUGCCUGCAGGGGUGGUGGAAGAGGAGCAGGACUGUUUCCCAGUAUAGGCAGAGCUUUCUCCCCUCCUGCACAUCUCCUCUUUUUAACCUUUCUGCCUGCUGUUCUGUGUGGGGUGCUCACAGGUAAAGGUGCUGCUGAAUGUUCUCUGUGAACCUUGGUCAUGCAGUCUCAUCCAGCAUCCUUACUGCUGAUCUCUCCCUGGCUGCCUUGUGUAUAAUGCAAGGAACAGAAAAGAAUGAACCUUCUUGCCUCCUGCUAAGGCCAUCUCUGACUUAUGUUUGUUUGCUCAGUAGGUCAGGCAGAGUCUUCUUGGAGUCCCUGUAUUUGCUUGAACAGCUGCAGAAGCAGGUCUCCAGCUCUGCUAUGUGAUAGCAAUGUAGAAAAUAUAAAUAUCCUGUUAGCCAGGCAGAAUGAAAUAGUGUUCCUAAUUUAUUUGAUUGGCUGGAAUGGUUUAGCAAGGAAAAACUUCUUGAUAGAUGGUGGGAUUACCAAAUAUAGAAAUCUCUACACAAAGCUUUUUAUUUGGUCUGUUUGUGUAUCAUGAUUCAUCCUAGGGCUGAGCCAAAACAGGCAACUUCUUUCCUCCAAAUUCUUGAUCAGUAUUGAAAGAUAUCCAUCAGUAGUUUUCAGUUUUUAACGCUGACCCUAAUUGGCAAGGAUUGCCCACAUGAUUUAUACAGGAAGCUUUGCCCUCAUUCUAAAUAGGCUUCACCUGCCCUUAGUGAUAUCAGAAUAUAGUUAUAUUGGUUCAUUUGAGGAGGGGGAGUGGCUGUCAUCCGUAGUGAACAGCCAUGAAAGGGGUAAAAUUAAGGGGUUUAGAGGGAACCCCACAAAAUAAUUGCUUUAAAACUGAAAAGUAAACCUGUAGAACCAAAAAUGAAAAAGGGGAGAAAACAGAAAAGAAUAAGAUUUGCACAAAAGAUCUCUCCCUGCAGUGGGAAAGGACCCCAUUCUGUGCUAGCAGCAUUUUGACCAGGGCCCCAGGAUAAACAUUUUAGUGUUAUCUCUUCAAAAGCAAUGUAAGCCUCGUUAGCUCAUUGUCUAGUGGUUGGGUGACCAGUAUGUUGCACAUGCUUAGACUUCAAUAGGCUGCAUAUUUGCUUUAAAUGCAGCGGAGCAAUUAGCACAAAGUCUUUUCCAAAGUUUCUCAGCAAAGUUUCUAUAGCUUGUUACCGGCAUAAUAUCGAUUUGUUCCUUCAUGACAAGAAGGCACCUCUGUGUGCCAUGUGAAAUCCAGGCCACUGAUGUGUAUUCACUGGGGACUUCUUUUUAUUGUUGCUUGCUUUUUAUAUCCACCCUGACUCGUAUGGGCUAACCCCCAGCCCCGCAUGUUGUCGGAGGGGGGAGAGUGUAAUGUGUCACUGUCAUAUCCAGCAAGGGCACUUGGCAGCAUUUGCAGAACGAAGGAAAGUAUUGAAAUGGUUGACUGUGAGGUGCCAGUGAUCCUUUUCAAUAGCAAGAUCCAUUUCCCUUGGCUGAAGUUUUCCCCAGUCCCUUUUCCACACGUUGUCAGGAGAACCAGGAGAUAUUGCUGUCUUUUUCACUUAUGUACCUUCCAGUUGUGUAACAAUUACAUUUUCUGUGCUGCUUAAAAGGAUUGCAUGUUGAUGUCCUGAUGCCCUCUUCUCCCCCCUCCCCCCAAUCCACUAUAUAUAUAUAUAUAUAUAUAUAUAUAUAUAUAUAUAUAGUAGCCUCUAGCGCUACUAGAAGGAAAGUUAUAAAGCAAAAUGUGUGGGCAUCCUUCUACAUUUCUGUGAGAUCAGCCAAACUGGCUGCUCCUGUCUUUUCUGUCAGUGUUUUUUGCCAAUGAGUAAUGUCAGAACUUUGAUUCAUGACUGCGUUAUUUGGAGAAUCACUGUAGUCCCAAAAAGCAGCUGUUGUCCCCUCCACUUUAGUGCACUUCCCCUUCCUGCUUCUGUUUCAUUUUCUAGUCCUUGGAAUUGUUAUAGUUCUAAUCUAAAGACCCUAAAUUUCCCCUUUGUUCUUUGUUUGUUCCUAACAAACCAAGAUGCAUCUUUCCUUUAGGAUAAAUGAUUUAUUUACACACACACACACCCCAUAGCCUUGCACUCAAACAGACAGCAAGCUCCACACCCUGCCCCCCCUCCAGCUGAAUCCCUCUUAACUCCAACCUGCUGCUUUAAACCCUCAGCUUUUAUCCCCUGAGGGAGGGAGGAAGCCUUUUCCAUGUGCCCUUUCCACACCUAGCCCCUUUGAUGAACUUCCUAAUUGUUUACCCCUCCUUCCAAGGAAACUUGCCAGAGUUAAUUAGUGCCUAACUCAUGUUGAUUUCCUAGAUUAAGGAGGGGGUCAUAAUUUGGGACGCUGACCUGACUUAAUUAGCUUUCACUAUGCCAAUAGCAUAGUGGACGCAGGUGGCGCUGUGGGUUAAACCACAGAGCCUAGGGCUUGCCGAUCAGAAGGUCGGCGGUUCAAAUCCCCGCGACGGGGUGAGCUCCCAUUGCUCAGUCCCUGCUCCUGCCAACCUAGUAGUUCGAAAGCACGUCAAAGUGCAAGUAGAUAAAUAGGUACCGCUCCAGCGGGAAGGUAAACGGCGUUUCCAUGCACUGGUUCUGGUUCGCCAGAAGCGGCUUAGUCAUGCUGGCCACAUGACCCGGAAGCUGUACACCAGCUCCCUUGGCCAAUAAAGUGAGAUGAGUGCCGCAACCCCAGAGUCGGUCACGACUGGACCUAAUGGUCAGGGGUCCCUUUACCUUUACCUUAUGCCAAUAGCAGAGGCUUUUCCGUGGGGCCACCCCACCUUUGCUACACCCUAAUACACACUUGGGUCUGCCUACAGUAGAGAUGAGCCUGGCUAUUCCCCAAUUCUAACAUCUCCGCCUUCAUUCAGGGUGUCUUGCACCCACAGAAUCAUAACAAUAAGGAACAUUAACAUUCUCAUACAAACACCUGCAAUCCCUGUACAUUCAGAGACAUGGAAAAACCCCAAAUCUCAGCCCCAAGCCCAUCCUUGCUCUUCCUUUCUGUUUCUCUUCUCCCGCCCACCAUCCCUGUCUGCUCCAGGCCUGUGGUCUCUGGAAUACAAGAGGGAUCUGACCAACCCGCUCUGCAUCUCGGCCAUCCACGGACACACUGCCUGCCUUCGCCACCUGCUCUUCUGGCGAGCAGACCCAAACGCAGCUCCAGGAGGACGGAGCGCCCUGCAUGAAGCCUGCCAGAGGGGCAACAGAGAAUGCGCAGAGUUGCUCCUGGAACACAAGGCUAAUCCCAAUCUUCUGAGUGAUGAUGGGCAAGCACCUUUGCACCUGUGCACCAGCCAGAACACCUUAGGGUAAGGAGCAAGAUGUUUGGGCAAGACUCUAGUCCUUCCACAGAUUCAUUCUGACAUCUUUAAUAAUAAUAAUAAUAAUAAUUUUUAUUUAUACCCCGCCCUCCCCAGCCAAGGCCGGGCUCAGAGCGGCUUACAAGCAAUAAUAAAAACAAGUUACAUGAUUGCAACUUAAAAACAAAAUUAAAAAUACAGCUUUAAAAUAUUGAAAUAUUAAAAUGUAGCCUCAUCGCAGGAGGAGAAGGAAAAGAAAAAAGACAGAGAGGGAGGGAAUCAAAUUGGCUCCAAGCCAAAGGCCAGGCGUAACAAGACCUAAGGGUCUUACAGGCCCUGCGGAAAGAAAUCAGAUCCUGCAGGGCCCUGGUCCCGUGAGGCAGAGCGUUCCACCAGACCAGAGCCUUUAGGCCUCAGAAUUAGAUUUAGGGAUAAAACCUGUGUUUAUUUCUUGGCUCCUUAUUGUUUCGCAUUAGCAAAGUGGCAUACAAGACUGAAACCAUGAAAUUCAAUAAAAACAAAGAUAAAAAUCAGCGAACAGAAAACAACACAAUAAAUAGUUUGAAGUAAACAUAUGAAAAUACCUGCCUAAACAAAGAUGUCUUGAGUAAGUGUUGGAAACCUAGUAUUAUCAGCACUGAUUUGACAUCGAAAGGAAGAGACUCCAGAGGGCUGGCACUGCAACACUAAAGGCCCUGCUCCAAGGGACCGGGGUGUAAAUUCUGCCACCAAUAGGGACAUGUGCAUGAUCAGGAAGCAGGGCAUUUCUUAAAAUAUAAAGUGCAGGGGAAAUUCCCCACCCCACCCUGUCCUCUUGAAUUCAUUUGGCCCAGUAAACUCAAAACUCUCCUCAAAGUCUUUCCUUUUUAUUGUGCUUGGACCUAGUUUACAUUUGGGGAAAACAAAAUGUGCCCGGGACCAUGGCCCCCAAUCCUCCCCCCUGCUACACCACUAAAGAAUGCAGAGCAUCUUCAGUCAGUCCCAAGCUCUUCUUUUUAAAUGUAUGCUUCUUAUUUUAAUUUGUGGUGCCUGUUGCUUUUAUGCCGUUUUUAACUGUUGAGAUGUUGCCUGCUGAGGAUAAGGACUCUACUUACAAUGGCAGCCCGACUCACUCACUCUUCUUUGAAGAAAUUAGAAGGCUCAUUGGCCUGAUGAAGACAUGGGAGCAUGCUAUAGCCUAGAGGCUUUUAACAUAUCUCUUUUGGGCAAGGAAGGGGCAUUCUGCGCGUGUUCGUGCCCUUUAUUUUUGAGACGCAUAGUUCCAAAUCAUACCUGCCCCUGCUCAGAUCUGUAUGAAGAUGAUGGGGGUGACCUGGAGUAGUUGGUCCUCAUGUACAUUUUUCUUCUCUGGAAGCUAAUUGGAAGGAUUCUCAUCUUUACCCUCUCCCUGCCCCACAAACCAGGCCACUAGGUGGUAGAGUGUUGAGAUGGGACCAUUUUCUAGAAUUUCUUCGCACCUAGACUCUUAUCUAAAAUUGUGUGGCAUACUUCCAAGGUAAAGGUAAAGGGACCCCUGACCAUUAGGUCCAGUCGUGAAUGACUCUGGGGUUGUGGCGCUCAUCUCGCUUUAUUGGCCGAGGGAGCCGGCGUACAGCUUCCAGGUCAUGUGGCCAGCAUGACUAAGCCGCUUCUGGCAAACCAGAGCAGCCCACAGAAACGCCGUUUACCUUCCCGCCGGAGCGGUACCUAUUUAUCUACUUGCACUUCGUGCUUUCGAACUGCUAGGUUGGCAGGAGCAGGGACCGAGCAACGGGAGCUCACCCCGUCAUGGGGAUUCGAACCGCCGACCUUCUGAUUGGCAAGUCCUAGGCUCUGUGGUUUAACCCACAGCGCCACCUGCGUCCCGUGUGAGGGCGUGCUAUUUUGCACCCAGGGCCGCUCCCCCUUGGCCCUCCCACACUAUGCCACUGAGCGGGGGGCAGAAUAAUCUUUUUUUCCAUAGUUCUGGAAAUUUAUGGGGUCCUUUGCCAGCACCUUUAACUGAAGAAGGAAGCACGUGAGCAGGGCAAAUAAUUUCUGAAGUGCCACAACCCUCACACUGAGUCUUUGCCAGCUGUCACCUUUCAUUUUAUUCAUUUACUUUAUUUCAUUAAAUUUGUACACUGCUUGAUUGUAACAAAAACCGUCAAGGCAGUUAACAAAAAGAUAAAACCAAUUCACAACAACAUUUCUAAGCCAUUGUGUAGGGCCAUAGCUUCUGGCAUGGUGCAGAAACGUCUAAAAUUUCUUUUGAAAUUUUAAUAAAUAUCAUUUAAAAAAAAAAAAGAAACGUCUGGCAGAAAUGUUACAACUCUCACCCCACUCAAUGCAAACUGAAAGAAUUGUGUCCCCACAUAAUCUUAUAGUAGAUGACACAUGAGCAAGUAUGACAACACAGAUAGUUAAUGCACAGCUAAACAUAGCUCUGAAUGGGAUUGGCACAGCCUAUUGUGAUCCCGGCCUGCUGUUGUCCACUUUCUUUGAAUCCAAGACAGAAGAAAACAGCCUGCUCCAAAGAGUUAGGCUGAGCAGAAUUUUUUUAAAAAAUAAAUAAAUUCAGAGUUCUGGCCAUUUAAAAUUAGAUUUUAAAUGCCAUAUUAUUUUUUAGUUACAAUAAUUUAUCAUUAAAAUACAUGAUUUGUGGCUGUUAUGAGUUGUGGGUAGAGGGGUAGGCUGUACCCUUCUUAUUCCUGGGUCUAGUAAGGGUUAAAAUCUAAGCAACGAUUCAGCUUCCUGGACUAGCCAGGCUAGCUUCUGGGGUGAGGUAAUGGCCUAAGUAGGAGUCAUUAACGUAACAAAGGAAGUGCCCCAUCCCUCAACUCGCUGGUAGUUAGAAAGACAAAGACAGAGUUGAGAGUUGAUUGUUGUGAGCCAGGAGUUGGAAGGUGGGCAGCUGAGAAACAGAGCUAUGCCUGAUUUCUGCUGUAAUCCAAGGCUGUGGCUAUGGGAGAAGCAAGUCCUUCUUGCAUAGCUGUCAACUUUCCCCUUGUCUUGCGAGGAAUCCUAUUCGGAAUAAGGGAAUUUCCCUUAAAAAAGGGAAACGUUGACAGCUAUGCCUUCUUGGGGUGUCAAUGCUGACUCUGGUUGCAUAUAUGUGUAAAUAAACCAUAUACCCCUCAUUCCAAAGGAAACACAAACCCUGGGGAAGGACCUGGAACCUCUGGAAUCUCACGUUGCUCAUGUGCAGCAGGCGAAUUUAUUUUAAAAUGUGUGUGCUUAUUUAAACUGAAGAUUUAAAAUUCCCUUUAGCUUGAUUUUUAAGUGUCCUUUUGAGUUCACCAACCCCUCCAGGGAAAAUGCUUAAAAAAAAAAAAAAAGCCCAGUCUCUGGGAGAACAUAGGAUGCCAUGUUAAGUGUGUUCCUCCCCUCUCACCAGCCUGCCCCACCCACUUCCCUGACCCAUUUAGGCAGCUCUGCUGGCGUAUCUUUGCUGGUGGAAUGGCUCUGCUGGCAUGAUUCCCUCUACCUGUGAGCUGAGGGAAUUCUGUCAGUGCAUUUGCCAUGCUUAGUGAUGUUUCUCACGUUGUGUCGAUGUGACAUAAAUUUCUCAAGCCUCUCAGUCGGUAUUGCUCCAGUACAGGCUUGCACCCUCAAACAGGCUAAAUAUUUCCUAGUAAGUGUUGUAGGAUUUGUGAUAUUAAUGCAUGAAAAUUGCUUAGAAGUGGUAUGCCGUGUGUGUAUGUAUGUAUGUAAAGGUAAAGGGACCCCUGACCGUUAGGUCCAGUCACGGACGACUCGGGGGUUGCUGCGCUCAUCUCGCUCUAUAGGCCGAGGGAGCCAGUGUACAACUUCCGGGUCAUGUGGCCAGCAUGACUAAGCCCCUUCUGGCGAACCAGAGCAGCACACGGAAACGCCGUUUACCUUCCCGCUGGAGCGGUACCUAUUUAUCUACUUGCACUUUGACGUGCUUUCGAACUGCAAGGUUGGCAGGAGCAGGGACCGAUCAACGGGAGCUCACCCUGUCGCGGGGAUUCAAACCGCCAACCUUCUGAUCGGCAAGCCCUAGGCUCUGCGGUUUAGACCACAGCGCCACCCGCGUCCCUUGUAUGUACGUAUGUAUGUAUGUAUGUAUGAAUAAAUAAAUAAAUAAAUAAAUGAAAAGCUCACCAUUAACUACCAGUAGGUAUUAUGACUGGUUGAAAUUUUUCUUCUGCUGAGUGAAGUCAAGUAACCUACCACAAUUCAACUAGAGAUGUUUGCUUUGUUAUGCUGCUGCAGGACUCCUAUGUAUCCCAUACAACAGCACUAGCGCCAAAGAACUUCAGAUCCAGAUUUCUCAGAUAUUUUGUAUUCUUGAGUCUCUCUGCACACCAAAAGGCGACUUAGGUCCGCUAGAGAUUGGUGCUCCACAUGUUAGCAAACAGGACAAAUUAAAAUACUGUCCUAGAAAUGGAAUGAAUUCGGGCAGCUGAUUUCUAGCAGAAGAGCUGGCAAAAGGAAACAGUUGAUUUGCAUUCUCACCCCUCACCCACCAAGGCAUUUUGAGUUUAGAUGCCAAGUUCCUUUUUAGAAUGUAGUCACCUCACCUACUGUUGUUGCAUCCUGUACCUUAAGGACAUUUGAAGAAGUCUGGCCCGGACUUCUUGCUUUUGAAAAGUGCAGGGUGGACAGAAUCCUGCAUUCUAUCUAUGUUACUGGAGUUUUCCGCAUGUCCCUAUGUCUGUCCAGCUGUGACAUCAUAUUUUAUACAAAUGCCAAGGGGGCAGCACUUGAACUGCCGCCCUAUAAGCCACGCACAUCACAGAUGCAAUGUUGAAAGAACGGAGCCAGCCCUAAGCCCUUGAAUAUUACGGCUUUAUAAUGGAAAUGCUGCCAGAGCCUUCACUACAGCAGCACAACUGGAUACCUCUACAAUAACUAAGCCAUCUACUUGGAAGGAUCAAAAAUUAACAGACAUUUCAGAUGGGAUUCGACCACUGCUUCUCAAUCGCAGAGAGUUGUGCUAAAGUUAGAUAGUGAGGAGGUCAAGCUUUGGGUAACAAACAUUUUCUCUUUGAUUAGGGGAAACUACUUCUGCUGAUUUUUUUCCCAGGUAACGGAUUGAAGGUCAUCCCUAAUUUUUUACUGACAAUAAAGAGCAGGUCAUUGACCUACAUAGGGAGCUAUUUUAUUUGGCUCCCUCUUUGUAACAAUGGCCUGAACACCUAUGUGUCAGGUUCUUCUGUGUUCCCAUAUUCACCAUGGGGGCAGGACUUAAAACCUUUGAGCCUCUCAGUGACUGGGAUAAAAAAAAACUAUCUGGGCUUCCUUCCAACCAUUUCAACUUUCACAAUCCAUGAGAAUUCAACCAAAAAAAGGAAAAGAAAGAUGUAGGAGCUUUAAUCUAGAAGCUUUUUGAAGCGCCCCCCCUUUUUUUUUUAAAGUUCCAGCAAAGUUCAUUUCUAUCUUCUUCACUUUGGGAGCCAUGCAUGCCAACUUCGCCCUAUUUAGUUGAGUUCCUCUCCUUGACCUUCUUUUUAUAGUAGUGAUAAUUAACAUGGUGGGGUAAGAGGAGUCUACAAAUUCACUGCACUCCCUUUGCUAAAGCUGGGAUGAUUAAAAAAAAAGGAGAAUCGUGCAGGCUUUUGUAGAAACUAGAAUUGAGGAGGAGAAACCCGUCUUUGUUUCUAUACUUUGGCCAUGCCACAGGGUUAAAAAUAAGAUACAAUACAAAUACAGGGUCUCUGAGUCAGGGUUAAGUCCAAAAAGGGCACUCUCUUAACAAAACACCGGGGAAGCUGUCAUAGGCUUUAGAGCAGAAGUAUAAAAGUCAGAAGGAAAAUUAAUGGCCCGUUGAUUUCAUUCAGGUGGUGGUAAAUGCAAGUAUUUUGAAAUGCGUGUGGUAUUCCAUGUCAAUCUGAGCAGAAAUCUCAUUUGCAGACGACAAUUGUGCCCUGUCCAGAUAGCUGUCUUUUGAAAAUUAUGCUCUGGAACAGGCAUAGGCAAACUCGGCCCUCCAGAUGUUUUGGGACUACAACUCCCAUCAUCCCUAGCUAACAGGACCAGUGGUCAGGGAUGAUGGGAAUUGUAGUCCCAAAACAUCUGGAGGGCUGAGUUUGCCUAUGCCUGCCCUGGAACAUAAAUUAACUAUAGGUCUGAUGUUGUACUAAACCUGUUCUUAUUUUAACUUGUCCUAGCCAGCCACCUGCCCUCCAAAAACUGUUUUAGUACAAAAAUAAAUUAUCUUAUAUUUAUCUUAUUACUACAACUGUAGGACCUCUUGAAUGUGGAGAAAGGGGGGUGGCCUAUUUCUUGAAUAAACAGUGCUGACACAUGGCAGGAAAUGCCUUGCUUGAGUUGCUACAGAGUCUCAGUGUAGCUUGUGAUGCUCAGCUCCUAUGCCUGUUGAGUAUAAGCAAGAAAUGUUCAGUUUUUCCUAUUUAUUUAUUUUCUAGCAGAAGCAGCAGCACAAAGUUAGGUGCCCAUCUGUUGAGAUUCCUGCAUUGCAGGGGGUUGGACUAGAUGGCCCUCGGGGUCCCUUCCAACUCUAUGAGUCUUUGGUCCUAUGAAUAGCAGUACUCUUCUUUUUACAUCUAUGGCUGAAAUCAGAAGCACAUUUAGCAGGAAAAAAGGGUUCACUGAACUCAGUGAGACUUCCCUGAAAACAUGCAGAGGCUCAGGCUGCAAGUUUUAUUUUAAAUACACCCUAGCCCCUCCUGGCCUUUCAACAGAGCAGGCUGAAAUCCAGCGAGAGUGCCCCUGCCGCAAUGGAGUAUCUGUGUGCUAAGUUCUACAUAGUUAUGCUGACCAUAACUAUGGUGCAGACAAAAGACAUUGCCCAAAUAUCAGAUAGUUUCCUCCCAAGAGAUGAUCAAGUGUUCAAAUAACAAUGUAAAGUCCAGCAAAUGCUACAUUUCUGCAGCAUUCUUUUGUAAUUCCUCCUUCAGAUGGUUGUUUACUGCCUGAAUGAUGAAGAGGCAUCAUCAGGAGUCAGGUUUGUUUUGUUGUGGUCUGCAGUCCAUGGUUUAUCUUAUCACAGGCAGCAGAUGCAGCGACGGAGGAAGCCGCUCGGGCACCUGCAACAGCGUGCCCAGGAGCGAGGCGACCUCUGGGGACCUCUGGAGUCUGCCUGCCUCCUCCCACUCAGCCGCCCUAUAGCUGGGGGGAGGCAGUGGGUGAACCGUUUGGGCAGCAUGCAGCCUGCGCACGCCCAAGCCACCGCUUCUCUCCCAAGAGAAACAUGGAGCUUGGGCGUGCUGCAGGCCCUGCGGUGAGUGCUGACUGGCAUUUUGUCACACCCCCCCUCAGUGGAGACACCCGGGGUGGCCCACACCCACUGCACCCCCCUUCCUCCGCCCCUGAGCAGAUGAAGUGAUAAAUCUAUUUCUGGGUGACACCAGGCUGCAAGCAAGGAUUCACAGGACUGCAUCUUCUUUGGGGGGGCUGCGUGGUUGUGAGCUUGGAGGGUUGAACAGGAGAAGGGGCUAUUGGGGUUGGCAUCACUGCAAUGUUUUAAGCAUCAGUGAUAGAGUUGGCCAGACACAGUUUCUGUUUGGGAAAUUAGAGGAAGAGAGAGAAGCAUACAAAUCUAGCAGAUCAGGGAGAAGGCCGUGCUAGAACACUUUCCUCUGACAUCUAGGCUUUGGUGUGAGGGAGUUUUUGGAUUAUUUAAAUUUUUGUAUGUGAGCCUUCUUUCUUACUGUUCCUGACUUACUUAAUAGUUGGUGGGCACUCAGACCAUGUCUCAGUUUCUGAACAUUUGGCAAGUCUCUCUCUGGAAAGAGUUCUGGACGUGACUGUCCCACAUGGGGACAAGGAGCCAGCAGUUGCCAGUCCGUGAGUGUGUGUACCUGAGGAGGCAGCCAGGAGUUAUGGGGACAGAGCACCAUUAAUUCACUCUGCCUAAAUCCCACAUGUAUAGAUGAUAUUUCCACUAUGCUAGGCAUACAGUGCUGAAGGGGAAAGAAUCCAGGAUGGUCUGCCAGAUCUCUUAUAUCCCAAAUCUGUAAGUGUCUAGAAAUAGCAUAUGCAGAGCAAACUUUCCGGUAAACAAUGUCCUCCCCCACCUGCUCCGUUCCCGGUUCUCCCUCUCCUGCUGGCCGUGUUAGUGCAUUCCAUCCACGUCUGUUUUCAAGGCUAUUUUUAGCUUAAUAAGGUUGGUUACUUAAGAUAAAACGGAAGGCGCCCCUUGCUGUUCAGGAGGCACCCUGCAGAGCCUCCGGGGAGCUCACCAUCCAAGGCGGUGCAUUCGCCUCUAGGCUUCUUUUUUAUCACCACCUCUCCGUUAAUUACGUGGAACAGCAGAAAAAGGGGUUCAAGAGGUGAAUGCAGGGCUGGACCCUUUAGGGCUGCUGUGUGACAGUGAGUGUCUGCCAGCGAGUGAAGGAGGAGGCCAGGAGGCACAGUCAGCUGUCUGGUAGGACCAAAGGGCACCGUGGUGUGUCCAUACACUUCUCAAAUAAUAUACUUCUGUAGCAGGCACACACGCCGCUUUCCUUUACCUCAGCAGCCAGAACUGAGGAUAUAUACCAUUGCAAAUAUUUUAAGUAGACACCUUUGGGAGAAAGUCUAGUCCCAUAGCCUUUAUAAAAUGCAAUUUAACAUUUCCCAUAAAGCGGAAGUGAAGGGGAAGCUCUUAUCAGAGAAACAAAGGAUGAAAAACAUCCCCCUUUGACCCCAAAAGUCAGGGUCUGCAUGCACAGCCCUCCUCCACUCCAGCCCCAGACACUUGCAGUGCAAUAACUACAUUCAGUUCUGUCCUCAUAAGUCUGUCAUUUGCUUUGAUUUCACCAGCAACAAUAGGUUAUGCCAUGUUCCUAAAACAAUUGCCUACACAGAGGUGUGAACGUGCUAAACAACAUAGCAGUCUUUGAUUCCUUGGCAGUUUAUCUUCUUGUUGCCAUCUGCUGCUACCAAUAAAGGCCUACCUGAAAAGAUACUAAUGCAAAUAUUCACAUAGUCAUUUUCUUUUGCAAUAUCAGUUUCCUUGUAGCAUCCUUUUUUUUACCUAAUGAGGAGCUUUGUAGAAUUAAAAACCUUGCAAAUUUUCCUGCAUCAGAUUAUCUUGAAAGGUACCAUGCAAUCUCUUAUAUGCCUGUCAUUAAGACUACACCCUUGUCAGUCUAUGUGUAAAUGAUGCCCCUCCCUUUGCCAGUGUUCCUCGACUUUACAAAAUCUUUGGGUUAGGUAAGAGGAUUGAAAAGGCUCCUUGGAGGGGCUUUGUUGCCAGCUCUUCUUCCACCUGCUGGAAGAUUUGACCUUGCUGUGUGACUGUGCCAACCAUUUCAUGAGUAGCAAUGUCAACAUCUCAAAGCAAAGCAACAGUCAUUUUGAUUCAUUUAGACUAGCUUAUCACAUUAAUUUACUUGCACUAAAAACAUUGCUGUGGACUGUUUUAUCUCUAAGCCUCUUCUGUUUGUCAGAAGGUAUUUUAAGCAGCGAAUGUAAAAUAAUAUUGUGAAGACAGAAGGUGUCCCACAUCAUUGUUCAAAGCUUUGUCACAUUCUACUGCCUUAAUGCUUUGGAAGUGAUUCAGAUCUGUGCAUGCUUGCUCAGAAAUAAAUUCCACUGGUAAGUAGAACUUCCUUCCAAGUAAAUAUGUUUAGGAAUGAGGCAUUCAUAAAGGAGGAGACCCCAUACUACAGAAAAAUGGAUGUGCACUGUAUAUCCACCAGCCCAGCCCCCAGCUUCUACAAAAGGACUCUUAAACCCAGAACAGAUUUUAGGCAAGUUCCAUGUACGUACGUAUGUAUGCAUUGAUUGGUUGGUUGCACUAAUAUACCAAAUUUUACCAAAUGGUCCCAGGGCAGGUUGCAAAAAUAUAGUGUACUCAUACUAUCCGUCAACUCCAAGUACAUGCAUGGAUCUCUGAUUAAUUUUUUAUUCACCUGCAGAAAAGUUAUGGGAGAAACUUGGGGUGGGGGGCUUUAUCUACUAGGGUCUGUCUGUCUGGUGCCUGCAUGAGCAUGUGACUGGCAACAGGGAGGUGGGAGACCAUGGCACAAGAAUGGAAAUAGUUCUCACAAAAUGGCUCGCUGAUUGCUGCUAGUUAUGUGCUAGCUAACCCGAUCCUUCAAGCAAAUGGAAACUGCAUAAAGAAAUCUCUGCAGGUGUCAUAGCCAGGGGGGCAGAGGAGGCCCCCCAUAAUCAAGUACAGUCGUACCUUGGUUUUCGAACAGCUUAGUUCUCGAACGUUUUGGCUCCUGAACAUCGCAAACCCGGAAGUGACUGUUUCGGUUUGAGAACUAUUUUUGGAAGCCAAACGUCCGACGGGACUUCCACAGCUUCCGAUUGGCUGCAGCAGCUUCCUGCAGCGAAUCAGAAGCCGCACUUUGGUUUCUGAACAUUUUGGAAGUCGAAUAGACUUCCGGAACAGAUUCCGUUCACCUUCCAAGGUACGACUGUAAAUAAAUACAGAUUCUUAACUAACUGACCCACCAACUGUGUCACAGAUAGCUGGGUUCUGCCGCCAUAACAGAAUUUUUUUUGGGGGGGGGCAUAAAUCCUGGCUAUGCCCAUGUCUCUAACCCUUUUUGUUAAUCCACAAAGGUCAUUCAUUUCUCUUCGUAUUUGUCAAAACAGAGAGUGGAUAGGUAUUUACUAUUGUAUUAGCCAUUGGCAUUAGAGCUUUGCACCUGAUGGAGGGCAUUGCCAGGAAUUUUUUUGGGGGGGGGCAGGUGUUUUCUUAAUUGGGGGCAGAACCUCAGUUAACUAUGUAUUUUUAUUGUUUUUUCUUGAUGCCUCUCCCUGCCCCCCCCCUUGGCUACGCCCAUGACCUGAUGUGAUAUGUUAAUAAAUUCCACCACAGCAUGCCAUAAAGAAAUAAUGAAUAAACUCCCUGCAUGUGGGUAUUUGCCAAAAGAAGUGACUACUAAAAUUUGAUUCCAAAUUUUAAAAGGGGUGUAUGCACACACACACACACACACACACACACACACACACUUCCCAUUGUUGAGGACUCAGUUUAACACCAUACAGUGGUGCCCCGCAAGACGAAUGCCUCGCAAGACGGAAAAACCGCUAGACGAAAGGGUUUUCCGUUUUGGAGUUGCUUCGCAGGACGAAUUCCCCUAUGGGCAUGCUUCGCAAGACGAAAAUGUCUUGCGAGUCUUGAGAUUUUUUUUCACCCCCCUUUAUCUAAGCUGCUAAGCCUUUAAUAGCCUUUAGCAGCUAAUCCGCUAAGCCUUUAAGCCUUUAAUAGCCGCUAAACCGCUAAUAGCGCUAAUCCGUUAAGCCGCUAAUAGGGUUGCUUCGCAAGACGAAAAAACCGCUAGACGAAGACACUCGGGGAACGGAUUAAUUUCGUCUUGCGAGGCACCACUGUAUUUGCAUUUCUAGAAGAUGAAAGCCCUAUGCAGACAUUCUGGAACUCUAGAAACUUUAGAACACUUGAUUCCGGUUGGUGGGAGGAGCAAUGCAGGGAUGAAUCACUGAAAUGAUUUCAGCUCAAGAACCUCUUGCACCCACAUUAAAGCAGGUAAAAGAUAACUAAAAUCCACUGUAAGCAAAAGGAGAUUCAAAUGCAUGUCAACAUUCUGCAUAGGCUUGUUUGUAUUUUAUAUGGCUUUAAAUUGUUUUUAAUGCUGUAAGACACCAUGGGAAAAUAAUGAAUUUUGAGUGGCAGCUCAUAAUUUAAAAAAAAAAAAAAAUCCUGUUUUGUAGGUGUGCUAAAGCUUUGGUGACCUUUGGUGCCCUGGUAAACCAGCCAAGUGAAGAAUCCCAAGAAACACCUCUUCACAUAGCAGCUAAGCAUGGUCUUCCCGACCACACGCUCCUGUACCUGCGGUGCGGUGCUCUUGUGGACCAGAAGAACAGCCAGGAGGAGACAGCACUCAGUGUGGCUUGCAGAGAAGCAAAGAACAGGGAGAGCCAGGAGAGCUACUUGCAAGUAUGUCAGCUGCUGCUGGAAUAUGGAGCAGAAGUCAACACUGUGGAUGAAGAAGUGAAGACUCCGCUUCAUAAAGCCUGCGGGAAUGCUCAUCACAGCUUGGUUGAGCUCCUGCUGCAGAGGAAAGCCGAUGUCAACGCCAUCGAUUACAAUGGGGCAUAUCCAAUGUCCUGUGUCCUGCAGACUGCAGCUUUCAAGCAAGAGCAGAGGCCCCAUCUCACAGUACAGACCCUGAUAAACCACGGCUCUCAAAAACUGUGGCCCACAGCUUUCGUCAAGGUAAGUGAAAUAUACUCGGAGUCGAGAGUGGAUUUCAUGCUCUUUAUUCAGCUCAUAGAAGAAGAAGAAGAAGAGUUUGGAUUUGAUAUCCCGCCUUUCACUCCCCUUCAGGAGUCUCAAAGUGGCUAACAAUCUCCUUUCCCUUCCUCCCCCACAACAAACACUCUGUGAGGUGAGUGGGGCUGAGAGACUUCAAAGAAGUGUGACUGGCCCAAGGUCACCCAGCAGCUGCAUGUGGAGGAGCGGAGACGCGAACCCGGUUCCCCAGAUUACGAGACUACCGCUCUUAACCACUACACCACACUGGCUCUCAUAGUGGUGAGGAGGAAUGGAAGUUCCCCCAGAAUGUCUGCUUUAUAUACAUUAUUUACACAAUGGGCCCCACGUGAUUGGCUAAUUCCCGGAUUCUCCUGUAGGCCAAUCAGGUUGCGAAUUCCCUUCCACCUGGAGCUGGAAUGGGUGGCUUCUGUGGACCAAUCAGACUCUUGCAUUCUGGAUCCUAUUGUUCUAGGACCAAUCAGACUGCUGCAUUCUGAAUCCUAUUGUUCUAGGACCAAUCAGACUGCUGCAUUUUGGAUCCUAUUCAACUCAGUACAUAACAGUAAGGAACUGUCUUUGUGUUUAUUGGUGCCUUUACUUCAGCUUUGAAAUUCUGCAACUCCCCUUCAGGAAGCAGAGCUUGUAGAAGACCCAUCUGCAGCCAUUCCUGGACUGGAUGGAUUGUUAACCCAGUGGAUUACACCCUUCGUUGGUCUGCUGACUAGAUGCAGGCUCUUUUACACACACUCAGCAGCUGGGGAGUUAUUCUCACAAUAUUGGGGAGGGAACGUAAAAACAGCAGUCUAGCCAUCAGAGCCUUUUCCAGCCAACAGGCAACUUUCCUCUAUGCAGGAUGCUGACAGGGAAAGACCUAUGCAACCAGACCCACCUUUGCAAGAAUUGCCAGGCAUGGUCAUUCAAAGGGAAUUGGAGAAGUUUUUGAUGCAGAACUGUAAUAAUCAUCAGUGUUUAUCAUCAAAAGUGCUUUCCUGGUUUCAAAAGUUAUCACAGGAGGAUUCCACCAUUUUGAGUUAGAAUAUCAGAGUUAGCUUGUUUUUCAUAUAUUUGAAAUGCAACUUGCUUAUACCAUAAAAACUAGGUGAAAGAAACCAAGUUGAACCAAUUCAAACAGGUUCCAGAAAGUAGCAGGUUUAAUCUACCAAGCUUUCACUAACUGGCAUCAUGUCAGUCUUGAGAGUUUGCAUCUUGCUCUUCUAAUCCUAAUGGGCCCAGCGCUGGAUGCUCACAUUCUCAAUCCCUAACCUGUGUUUCUAAGUUAAAAAUGAGUGAAUUAACUCUUCAAGGCCAUGACUCCAGCCCCUUCAAGGGCUGUCAUAAUAACUCUUUUAAUGAUUUGGGAAUCUCUGAUCCAAAGGAGGUCAGCCCAGCUUGUUAAAGUCUAUACAGGUAGUGUAGGAACUGUGAAGCAUCUGUAGAUUUGCCUUGCUUUGUAAGAACUAUUUAAAUAGUUUAAACAACCCUAUUUGAUUGAAAUAUGUGCAGUUCACAUCUUGAGCAAAAUUAACAAUUUCCUUAUUUCCCUCUACAAAAAUACAAAAACACCCAAACUCUCCAUAACUCAAAUUUCGGGUUGAGAAUAAGGAAGAUAUAAACUGGGCUUUUUAGUGGCUUGCAAAGUAAUCUAGUUUGACCAUGGCAGCAGCUACUUCACAUGGAGGACAGGCCACAUACUGGGAGUCAAUGUACAAAUACCAUUGACCUGCAGCAGUCACAGUGCUUAACCCAUACCUUUCCCUCUCCCUCCCUCCCUCUCCCCCUCUCUCUUGAUCUCUGUAUUUACUGCAAUGAUUUUUCCUCCACUAGGUGCUGAAAUCUUGUGCUUCUGUGCCAGAGAUUAUUGAAAUCCUUUAUAAUUCUUACCCUCAUCUUCCCAUCUCUGAAAAAUGGCUGGAAGUCAUCCCAAAUGAAGAAUUUCAGGUAACUGCUAUACAAAUUGUGUUGCUUAUAUUUGUUUAUCUAAUCCGGGUUUGAUUUUGCAACUUUAGCAAAUGGAGUAAAGCAUAAUCAGAUUAACAUGUGUCACACUACAGCCAUAAAACUUCUUUUUAUAUAAAGUUUAUUAUUAUUAUUUCAUUUUAUAAUGCAUAUAAAACAGAGAGAACCAAUUAUAACAACAGACAAAAGUGAAAAGAUGGGUGGGGGAACGCUAUAAAAUAGGCACACGGAAUGAUUAUAGUUGCACAUAGGUUAAAGUAACAACGCCCAAGCAAAGGUUUAUCAACAUUAUCAGAUUAUAAAGUAUAGUUUCAGAUUUUCCAGGCUUGCGAUGAGCAUUGCCUUGAACAGGCUUCCUCAAACUCGGCCCUCCAGAUGUUUUGAGACUACAAUUCCCAUCAUCCCUGACCACUGGUCCUGCUAGCUAGGGAUCAUGGGAGUUGUAGUCCCAAAACAUCUGGAGGGCCGAGUUUGGGGAAUGAUGGUUCUGCUGCAUAUGUCAUAAAAGAAACUUUCUAUUUUGGGGAUUCUAUUUCUUGUCAAAAUCUUAAAUUAAGUUUAACUUUCUCCAUUAUACUGAUAUUGCCGAGUGAGCAGUACUGAACCAAGAAUCCAGUGUAAGAUUCUGGGCUGUUUUCCAUUGAGUUGCAAUAACUAUUUGUGUUGCCAAAAUAAGACCAAUUCUUUUGUGCUGUUUUGUCUAGGAUGUGUGCAAUGUUGUUAAUUGUUAUUUAUUUGUCUGUUUACAUGGUUUAUAUACCGCCAUUUAGCAGUGCUGCCAGGGCAAUUUACAAAAACAUGGCAAAACAGAAAAAUACACAUGGAAUAUAAUAAAUUACAACAUAUUGAAAUAAUAAUACAUUAAGAAGGCUGGGAGAAAUGUUACCAAAAAAAUGCCUGGUGCCCCACAUAUAGUAAUGUUGGUAACAAGUUAGCUUCUCUAUGGACAGAACUCCAUAACUGGAGACUCUUGUUUUGAACUCUAUGGAAAGAACAAGCAAGCCAGAUACCUUUCUUAAAGUGCUGUGCCAGGGGCUGCACCCUUCCUGGAAGCCAUAGUGCCAGCUGCCUAGUUCCAUCCCAGUUCUAGUGGAGUCUCUCUCUUUUGAACAGGCCCGGCUUCUCCCAGAAUGUUCCCCAGUACCUAACAAAUCCAGAUCCCUCUUCCCAACACCACCAUUGACACAUACCUGUACCUGUCUAGAUGACCCUACAUGUGGAACAGGUGGCAUUUGGACUGGCGAGAGACAGUGUGGUGUAGUGGUUAGUGUGCUGGCCCCAGGAGAUCAGGGUUCAAAUCCCCACUCAGCCAUGAAGCUCACUGGGUGAUCUUGGGCCAGGCACUACCUUGCAGCCUUUCCUACCUCACAGGGUUGCUGUGAGGGUAAAACGAGAGCAGAGCACCAUGCAUUCCACCUUGAGCUCCCUGGAGAAAAAGGUGGGAUAUCAACUGAAGAAAUAAAGACAGUAAAGAAAAUCUCAGAAAACAGCUGCUUUGUAGGGCCUGCCAGUCAGCAUCUUCCCAAGCAAGGUAGAGUUCACUUCCGGGAACUCCCAGCUCCUGAAGCCACUGGUGCCAGCAUCACCCCUGACUCCUCCCCAGCACUAUCUACCAGCCCAUCUAGAUGAUGAGCAAGGUAAAGGGUGAAGGUAAAGGACCCCCGGACGGUUAAGUCCACUCAAAUUUGACUCAUCUCUACUUUCAGGCCAAGGGAGCCAGCAUUUGUCCACAGACAGCUUUUCCAGGUCAUGUGGCAAGCAGGACUAAACUGCUUCUGGAGCACAGAACACCAUAACAAGUGCCAGAGCACACUUUUAAACUGCUAGGUUGGCAGGAGCUGGGACAGAGCAAUGGGAGCUCACCCCAUCACUCGGAUUCGAACUACCAAUCUUCCCAUCAGCAUGCCCAGGAGGUUCAGUUGUUUAGACCACAGCACCACCCACGUCCCUUAUGAUGAGCAACAUCACCCUGCAAUCUGCCGGCCCAUCACACACCCAGCUCUCCUUGAUCCUAAUGAUCAAAUCACCCACUGCUAGGAUCCCUCCAGCCCCUGAUGGAAGCAUCCUUAGCCCAAGAGGAUCACUGGUCAUCCCCCAAGGAAUGGGUCCCUUCUAAACAGCUUAAAGGAAUUGCAUAGUCGUCUUCUCCUCUGGAUUCAUCUUUCCUGCCUGAGGACUUAACUGUCUAGGGGUCCUUUACCUUUACCUUUUACCUGUAUGGAAGAAGAAGAGAAAGUUGCUGGUCUCCUCUUGGCUCCUCUCACUCACAUUUUUAACCUGCUUAUGGAGCUCUCUGGUUGUCUGAAACAUUCCACUCAUAGAAUCAUAGAAUCAUAGAGUUGGAAGAGACCACAAGGGCCAUCGAGUCCAACCCCCUGCCAAGCAGGAAACACCAUCAGAGCACUCCUGACAUAUGGUUGUCAAGCCUCUGCUUAAAGACCUCCAAAGAAGGAGACUCCACCACACUCCUUGGCAGCAAAUUCCACUGUCGAACAGCUCUUACUGUCAGGAAGUUCUUCCUAAUGUUUAGGUGGAAUCUUCUUUCUUGUACUUUGGAUCCAUUGCUCCAUGUCCGCUUCUCUGGAGCAGCAGAAAAUAACCUUUCUCCCUCCUCUAUGUGACAUCCUUUUAUAUAUUUGAACAUGGCUAUCAUAUCACCCCUUAACCUCCUCUUCUCCAGGCUAAACAUGCCCAGCUCCCUUAGCCGUUCCUCAUAAGGCAUCGUUUCCAGGCCUUUGACCAUUUUGGUUGCCCUCCUCUGGACACGUUCCAGUUUGUCAGUGUCCUUCUUGAACUGUGGUGCCCAGAACUGGACACAGUACUCCAGGUGAGGUCUGACCAGAGCAGAAUACAGUGGCACUAUUACUUCCCUUGAUCUAGAUGCUAUACUCCUAUUGAUGCAGCCCAGAAUUGCAUUGGCUUUUUAGCUGCCGCAUCACACUGUUGGCUCAUGUCAAGUUUGUGGUCAUCCAAGACUCCUAGAUCCUUUUCACAUGUACUGCUCUCAAGCCAGGUGUCACCCAUCUUGUAUUUGUGCCUCUCAUUUUUUUGCCCAAGUGCAAUACUUUACAUUUCUCCCUGUUAAAAUUCAUCUUGUUUGUUUUGGCCCAGUUCUCUAAUCUGUCAAGGUCGUUUUGAAGUGUGAUCCUGUCCUCUGGGGUGUUAGCCACCCCUCCCAGUUUGGUGUCAUCUGCAAAUUUGAUCAGGAUGCCCUUGAGUCCAUCAUCCAAGUCAUUGAUAAAGAUGUUGAAUAAGACCGGGCCCAAGACAGAACCCUGUGGCACCCCACUAGUCACUCUUCUCCAGGAUGAAGAGGAACCAUUGAUGAGCACCCUUUGGGUUCGGUCAGUCAGCCAGUUACAAAUCCACUGAGUGGUAGCAUAGUCAAGACCGCAUUUUACCAGCUUCUUUACAAGAAUAUCAUGGGGCACCUUGUCAAAUGCCUUGCUGAAAUCAAGGUAGGCUACAUCCACUGCGUUCCCUUCAUCUACCAGGCUUGUAAUUCUGUCAAAAACGAGAUCAGGUUAGUCUGACAUGACUUAUUUUUCAGAAAUCCAUGCUGACUAUUGGUGAUCACAGCAUUCCUUUCUAGGUGCUCACAGACUGUUUGCUUAAUGAUCUGCUCCAGAAUCUUCCCUGGUAUUGAUGUCAGACUGACUGGGCGGUAAUUAUUUGGGUCCUCUCUUUUCCCCUUUUUGAAAAUAGGGACAACAUUUGCCCUCCUCCAGUCUGCCGGGACUUCGCCUGUUCUCCAGGAAUUCUCAAAGAUGACUGCCAGUGGUUCUGAGAUCACAUCUGCCAGUUCUUUUAAUACUCUUGGAUGCAGUUCAUCUGGCCCUGGAGACUUGAAUACAUCUAAACUAGCCAAGUAUUCUUGUACUAUCUCCUUAGUUAUUCUGGGCUGUGUUUCCUCUGCUGAAUCAUUUGCUCCAAAUUCUUCAGGUCGGGCAUUGUUUUCUUUAUCGGAGAAGACUGAGGCAAAGAAGGCAUUGAGGAGUUCAGCCCUUUCUGUGUCCCCUGUUUGCAUUUCACCAUCUUCUCCUCUGAGUGACCCCACUGUUUCUUUGUUCUUCCUUUUGCUAUGAACAUACCCAUAAAAGCCUUUUUGUUGCUUUUAACCUCUCUAGCAAGCCUGAGUUCAUUCUGUGCUUUAGCUUUUCUGACUUUGUGUCUACACGUGCUGGCUAUUUGUUUGAAUUCCUCUUCGGUGGUUUCCCCCCUUUUCCAUUUUUUGUACACAUCCUUUUUUAAUCUUAACUCAGUUAAAAGUUCUUUAGAUAGCCACCCUGGCUUCUUUAGGCACCUUCCAUGUUUCCAUCUCAUUGGUAUUGCCUGACGUUGUGCUUUUACUAUCUCCCUCUUAACAAACUCCCAGCCAUCAUGAACUCCCUUUCCUUUUAGUAUUACUGUCCAUGGGAUCUCACCCAGCACUUCCCUAAGUUUUAUGAAGUCGGCUUUCUUAAAGUCAAGAAAUUGAGUCCUAGUAUGCUUGGCUGCUCCUUUCCGCUGUAUAGUAAACUUCAGAAGAGCAUGAUCACUCGCGCCUAAUGAUCCUUCCACUUCUACCCCACUAACCAGGUCAUCAACAUUGGUUAGGACCAGAUCUAAAAUGGCUGUUCCUCUUGUUGCUUCUCCCACUUUCUGGACAAUGAAGUUGUCUGCAAGGCCAGUGAGGAAUCUGUUUGACCUUAUGCUCUUGGCUGAGUUUGACAUCCAACAAAUAUCCGGGUAAUUGAAGUCCCCAUUACUACUAUCUCCCUUCCUUUUGCAUGCUUGGCCAUCUGUUCCAGGAAGGCAUCAUCUAUGUCCUCCGUUUGGCUUGGGGAUCUAUAGUAAACUCCCACAAUGAGGUCACUGUUAUUCUUCUCUCCUUAAUUUUGACCCAAAUGCUCUCACUUUGGCUUUGAGGUUCUAAAUCUUGGAUCUCUUCACAGGUAUAUACAUCCCUGACAUAUAACGCCACUCCUCCUCCUUUCUUGUCUGGUCUGUUUCUCUGAAAUAGAUUGUAUCCCUCCAUUAUUACAUUCCAAUCGUGGGACUUAUCCCACCAGGUUUCAGUGAUGCCUAUUAUGUCAUAUUUAGUUUGCUGUACCAAGAGCUCAAGCUCAUCUUGUUUAUUUCCCAUGCUUUGCACAUUAGUGUACAGACAUUGAAGUCCAUUAAUCAUUCCCCGUGUCUCUUAUUAAGGAAUUUUUCCUCCCACCACUAGGUCUGCGUGCUGUUUGCUCCAUUUGGUCUAUGACAUUUGGAUGAUCAUCUUCAUCAAUUGAUAGACUCCUACCUUCAGGAGCACUGUCUCCCUCCCCCACAUUAGUCAGUUUAAAGCCCUCCUGAUGAGGUUUCUGAGAUUUUGGCAAAAACAUUCCUCCCAACCGUUGUGAGGUGCAGCCCAUCGCUUGCCAGAAGUCCAUCUUCAAGAAACUGCAGUCCGUGAUCUAAGAAUCCAAACCGUUCCUGCUUACACCAUUUGCGAAGCCAGCUGUUCACUUCCACUAUUUUUUUUUUACUCUUGUGUUCACUAUUUAUUUUUUUACUCUUGUGUUCAAAGGCUGUAAUCCUAAAUACACUUAUCACAGGGACUUACAUCCAGUCUGAAUAAGCAUGCAUUGCCGCCAGAGCAUUUUACCUUGUGGUACCUAUAUUUUCUUUUUACUCUACAAUCCCAUCUGAGAAUGUUUUCCCACCACCACCCUGACCCAAUUUCCUCCCAAAUUUUCCUUUUAGGUGCUGUAAUCUCAUCUAAGGCCAAGAGAAUUUCCUUUAAACUGAACAUUGAUUAGGAGUUUGGGGGUAAAUUUCAUAAUCCACUGUGUGAGAGUAGUGCUUUGUAAAUAGCACCUGAACCUUUAAUUAUCUAAUUAUUUUGGGAUGGUCUCCUCCAGGGCAUUACAAAGAAAGCUUUCCUGAGCUGUCAGUGCUUUAGCAAGUGAGUGGGGAGUAAAACAAUGUAUUGUUUCACUCUCUUCAAAAUACAGAGUAACAGGAUGACUCAGGGCAGCCUUGGCAGCAUCAGAUUUCUUUAGAGGACUUUGUGCUGAAGAUUUAUAGGCUGUGUGUGUGUGACAACCAUCUAUUCAAUCGAUCAAUCAAAUACCUUUAUUGGCAUCACAGUGUAAAAUGUUUCAAGUAACUGGAAUAAUUAAAAAAACAAGGGUGAAGCUAUCGAGGGUUAUAAGGUUAUAAGGGUUAUAGUCGUGUGCAUUUGGAUAUUCUGCUAUGCCCUGUCUAUUUCCCGAAAGGAUAGUUGGUUGGGAACCCUGUCGGGUAAAAUUGUGGCUAAAAAGGAAGCUACUAAAGCAGUAAUAUCUUUGUCCUGAUCUGCCGGGAGAAACCUUAUUUGGCUUCUUCUCAGAGUUUUGGGCCGGAGGUCCAACAUUUUGCUCAGCAUCAGUUGGCGAGGUCUGCUGUGUAAAGGGCAAUCUAAGAGAAUGUGGUCCAUUGAAUCUAAAUUAGCUAGUUACAUUUUAAAUGACUGAGUGGAGUUUUGGGUUUCAGAGAAUGUGCAAAGUUCCUUCCAGGAGAGAGGUUCAGAGAGAGAGGUUCAUUCUUAAUCUUGUUGAAUGAUUCCAAGAGAUGAAAUACGAGGUGAAGCUUCACCUCUUUAUGGAAAUUCAGGAGAAGUGUACAGGGGUGUCGACAGAUUGUUUGUCUCAGUGGUCUAGAUGACCAAUCAGAUAUUUAUUUAGUGACCUCUUCAGUGAUUCUGCACUUAUAUUACAAAAGAACCAGCCAGUUCAACCUGAGGAUGUAUAAUGGAAAAUAAAAUUAUAAAGCCCAGGAUAUACCUAUAGGGGUCAUAGGGGUGCAGUAUCAAAGACCCUCAAGAGGGAACUGUUCAGAAUAUAGGCAUUUGUAAUAUAGUCAUACCUUAGGCUACAGCCGCUUCAGGUUGUGUUUUUUCAGGUUACGCACCUGCCGAAACCCGGAAGUACCCGAACGGGUUACUUCUGGGUUUCGGCAGUCGCACAUGCACAAAAGAGCCGAAUCGCAACCCUGUGCAUGCGCAUACGCGCCGCUGUGGGUUGCGAACGCUGCAAGUUGUGAAUGUGCAUCCCGCACGGAUCACGUUUGCAACCCGAACAUCCACUGUAAUGCUGUUGUUCUGUCACAGGAUUAUGUUGAUUUUGUUGCAUAAUUUAUUAAACGUGUUGCACUGAGAUUUAUGUUUUUAAUCGUUUUGAAUAUGAUUGUUUUUAUCUGCUGGUUGCGGGAGACUCAUAUAAGAAACUGUAUCUAGAGAAAGUGAGCGGAUGGCCAAGUCGUACAAAUCACUGCCACUUUCACAAAAAUGCGGUGACUGCUGUAUUUUUUUCAUUCUUUCUCAAGAUAAUUAUGCUGCUGGUCCUAAUCAUCAGCUGACAAAUACCUCAUAUUACUAUUACUAACUCUGGUUAAAUCAUCUUUUUUUUCUUGCCUCAGUAACGGACUGGAUGAGAGUCAACAAACUGAAACUCAAUCCAGAUAAGAUGAAGGCCCUGUUAGUGGGGGGUUCCCUGUUAGCAGAAGGCUGGGAGGUGGCUUGCUCCUGAUGGGCUGCACUCCCUCUGAAGGAGCAGGUACAUAGCACGGGAGUCCUCCUGGAUCCUUUGCUGUCACUUGAGGCUCAGGUGGCCUCGGUGGCGCAGAGUGCCUCCCAUCAGCUUGGGCUGCCCCCCUAUCUGGACAGGGACAGCCCGACUUCUGUCAUCUAUGCUCUGGUAACCUCUAGGUUAGAUUACUGCAAUGCAGUAUAUGUGGGGCUGCCUCUGAAGAUGCUUCAGAAACUUCAGCUGGUGCAGAAUUCGAUGACCAGGUUGCUCACAGAAGCAAGACGGUUUGAGCAUCUUACACUGAUCCUGGCCCAACUGCACUGGCUGCCAAUUAUUUUCCAGGCCCAAUUCAAAGUGCUAGUUUUGACCUAUAAAGCCUUUAACAGCUCAGGACCACAAUACCUCAAGAACCGCCUCUCCCCAUAUAAUCUGUUCUGGACUCUGAGGCCCUUCUUCAUGUUCCUCCUCCUCAAGAGAUCCGGAGGGUGGCAGCACAAGAAUUGGUCUGCUCUGUGGUGGCUCCUCAUUUGUGGAAUGCUCUCCCCUGGGAAGUUCGCCUGGUGCCUUCAUUACAGUGGUACCUCAGGUUACAGACGCUUUAGGUUACAGACUCCGCUAACCCAGAAAUAGUGCUUCAGGCUAAGAACUUUGCUUCAGGAUGAGAACAAAAAUUGUGCUCCAGCGGCGCAGUGGCAGCAGGAGGCCCCAUCAGCUAAAGUGGUGCUUCAGGUUAAGAACAGUUUCAGGUUAAGAACAGACCUCUGGAACGAAUUAAGUACUUAACCUGAGGUACCACUGUAUAUACUUUUAGACACCAGGGGAAAAUGUUUAUCUUCAACCAAGCCUUUGGCUGAUUAAUAUUUUAUGGCCUUUUAAAUGUGUUUGUGAGAGGGGGGUUACUGGUUUCUCUUUGUUUUUGUUUUAUUAUGAAUUUUGCCUUCUCAUUUUGAAUUUUUAUGCCAUGAACCACCCCGUGAUCUUUGGAUGCAGUGCAGUAUAGAAAUCUAAUAAUUAAAUAAAUAAAUUCCAGGUGGCCACAUCUUGCAAACUGUUCUUUCUCUUUCAGAGGCAUCUAUCUUUCUAUGAGUCCUUCCAGAAUCAGAUGUACAAGGUCCGGUGUCUGCAACAUUUAUGCCGCUGUGCCAUCAGGAGAAAAUUUGGCAGUAGGUGCCAUUUUCUCAUCCCUUUACUGCCUGUUCCCAAACCACUACAAAAUUAUCUACUGUUAGAACCUGAGGGAGUCUUGCUUUGAAUAUCUUGUCCCAAGCCACCAAAUCUCACCAUCAUAUCUUGGUCCUCAUUGGCGCAUGAUAAAUGAAUUGCUUAUGAAUACAGUAAAGUUUUUUUCCUGUUUUCUAACAAAUAAGUGUUUUCAGGGGUUUACAUUAAUAUAACAAUAGAUUAUUACAAUGACUUGAAGCUUUUAUUUGUAUACCAUUUCUGUAAAAUGUACUUUGGAAAUCUUUUGAUGCAGUUUUGUUUGUGGCCUCACAGAUUUUAGUGAUCUGUUAAUACAAUAUAAAUAGCACAAAUAAUACAUAGUAACAAGAAUAGAGGCUUUGGAACAUUUAGGUAAAUAAAAUUUCAUACUCAAGUGCUG